GGAGGGCCGUCAACAAAGUGGUGUACGAUGACCACGAGAGCGAGGAGGAGGAGGAGGAGGAGGACAUGGUCUCCGAGGAGGAGGAGGAGGAGGAGGACGGCGACGCCGAGGAGACCCAAGAUUCCGAGGACGACGAGGAGGAUGAGAUGGAGGAGGACGACGAUGAUUCCGAUUAUCCGGAGGAGAUGGAAGACGACGACGACGACGCCAGUUACUGCACGGAAAGCAGCUUCAGGAGCCAUAGCACCUAUAGCAGCACUCCAGGUAGGCGAAAACCAAGAGUACAUCGGCCUCGUUCUCCGAUAUUGGAAGAAAAAGACAUCCCACCCCUUGAAUUUCCCAAGUCCUCUGAGGAUUUAAUGGUGCCUAAUGAGCAUAUAAUGAAUGUUAUUGCCAUUUAUGAGGUACUGCGGAACUUUGGCACUGUUUUAAGGUUAUCUCCUUUUCGCUUUGAGGACUUCUGUGCAGCUCUGGUGAGUCAAGAGCAGUGCACACUUAUGGCGGAGAUGCACGUUGUGCUUCUGAAAGCGGUUUUGCGUGAAGAAGACACUUCCAAUACUACCUUUGGGCCUGCUGAUCUGAAAGAUAGCGUUAAUUCCACGCUGUAUUUCAUAGAUGGGAUGACGUGGCCAGAGGUGCUGCGGGUGUACUGUGAGAGUGAUAAGGAGUACCAUCAUGUUCUUCCUUACCAAGAAGCAGAGGACUAUCCCUAUGGACCAGUAGAGAACAAAAUCAAAGUUCUGCAGUUCUUAGUCGAUCAGUUUCUUACCACAAAUAUUGCUCGUGAGGAAUUGAUGUCUGAAGGGGUGAUCCAGUAUGAUGACCAUUGUCGGGUUUGUCACAAACUUGGGGAUUUGCUUUGCUGUGAGACAUGUUCAGCAGUAUACCAUUUGGAAUGUGUGAAACCACCUCUUGAGGAGGUACCAGAGGACGAAUGGCAGUGUGAAGUCUGUGUAGCACAUAAGGUGCCUGGUGUGACUGACUGUGUUGCUGAAAUCCAAAAAAACAAACCAUAUAUUCGACAUGAACCUAUUGGAUAUGACAGGAGUCGGAGGAAAUACUGGUUCCUAAACCGAAGACUCAUAAUAGAAGAAGAUACAGAAAAUGAAAAUGAGAAGAAAAUUUGGUACUACAGCACAAAGGUCCAACUUGCAGAAUUAAUUGACUGUCUAGAUAAAGAUUACUGGGAAGCAGAACUCUGCAAAAUUCUGGAAGAAAUGCGUGAAGAAAUCCACCGGCACAUGGACAUAACUGAAGACUUGACCAAUAAGGCUCGGGGCAGUAACAAAUCCUUUCUGGCGGCAGCUAAUGAAGAAAUUUUGGAAUCCAUAAGAGCCAAAAAAGGAGAAAUUGAUAUUGUUAAAAGCCCAGAAGAAAUAGAAAAGGACAAGAAUGAGACCGAGAAUAAUAACGCCAAAGAUGUUGAGAAAAGCAGAGAGGAGUUUGAAGACCAGUCCCUUGAUAAAGACAGCGAUGACAAAACACCGGAUGAUGAUCCUGAGCAAGGAAAAUCUGAGGAGCCAACAGAAGUUGGGGAUAAAGGUAACUCUGUGUCAGCAAAUCUUGGCGACAACACAACAAAUGCUUCUUCAGAAGAGACUAGUCCCUCUGAAGGGAGGAGUCCCGUGGGGUGUCUCUCAGAAACCCACGAUAGCAGCAACAUGGCAGAGAAGAAGGUGGCAUCUGAGCUCCCCCAGGAUGUGCCAGAAGAGCCUAACAAGACAUGUGACAGCAGUAACACUAGUGCUCCCACUGCCUCCAUCCAGCCUAAUCUGGAAAACAGUAACAGCAGCAGUGAACUAGAUCCUUCCCAGAGUGAAUCUGCUAAGGCAGCUGAUGAGCCUGAAAAUGGAGAAAGAGAGUCUCACACACCUGUCUCUAUUCAAGAAGAGAUAGGUGAUUUCAAAUCGGAGAAGUCUAAUGGGGAAAUAAGUGAGUCUCCUGGAGCCGGAAGAGGGGCAUCUGGGUCAACUCGAAUUAUCACCAGAUUACGGAAUCCAGACAGCAAACUUAGCCAGCUGAAGAGCCAACAGGUGGCAGCUGCAGCCCAUGAAGCAAAUAAAUUAUUUAAGGAGGGCAAAGAGGUACUGGUAGUUAACUCUCAAGGAGAAAUUUCACGGUUGAGCACCAAAAAGGAAGUGGUCAUGAAAGGAAAUAUCAACAAUUAUUUUAAGUUGGGUCAAGAAGGGAAGUAUCGUGUCUACCACAAUCAGUACUCCACCAAUUCAUUUGCUUUGAAUAAGCACCAGCACAGAGAAGAUCAUGAUAAGAGAAGACAUCUUGCACAUAAAUUCUGUCUGACUCCAGCAGGAGAGUUCAAAUGGAAUGGUUCUGUCCAUGGGUCCAAAGUUCUUACCAUAUCUACUCUGAGACUGACUAUCACCCAACUAGAAAACAAUAUCCCUUCAUCCUUUCUUCAUCCAAAUUGGGCUUCACACAGGGCAAAUUGGAUCAAAGCAGUUCAGAUGUGUAGCAAACCCAGAGAAUUUGCACUGGCUUUAGCGAUUUUGGAGUGUGCAGUCAAACCUGUUGUGAUGCUACCAAUAUGGCGAGAAUCUUUAGGACACACCAGGUUACACAGGAUGACAUCAAUUGAAAGAGAAGAAAAGGAGAAAGUCAAGAAAAAAGAGAAAAAACAAGAAGAGGAAGAAACAAUGCAACAGGCUACAUGGGUAAAAUACACGUUUCCAGUUAAACAUCAGGUUUGGAAACAAAAAGGAGAGGAAUACAGAGUAACAGGAUAUGGUGGUUGGAGCUGGAUUAGUAAAACUCAUGUUUAUAGGUUUGUUCCUAAAUUGCCAGGCAAUACUAAUGUGAAUUACAGAAAGUCAUUAGAAGGAACCAAAAAUAAUGUGGAUGAAAAUAUGGAUGAGUCAGAUAGAAGAAAAAGUCCACGGAGUCCAAAAAAAAUAAAAACAGAGCCUGAUUCUGAGAAAGGCGAGGUAAAAGAUUCAGAUGCUGCCAAAGGAGCAGACCAAAGUGAAAUGGACGUUUCCAAGAUUACUGAGAAGAAGGACCAAGAUGUACAAGAAAUUUUAGAUUCUGACAAUGAGAAACCCUUUAAGGAAGAACCAAUGGAGAUAGAUGAUGAUGUGAAAACAGAGCCACGUAUAAACUGUCAGGAAGGUUCUCAAGUAGAUGUGGUCAAUGUCAGUGAGGGCUUCCAUCUAAGGACUAGUUAUAAAAAGAAAAUUAAAUCAUCCAAACUAGAUGGACUUCUUGAAAGGAGAAUUAAACAGUUUACACUGGAAGAAAAACAGCGCCUCGAGAAAAUGAAGUUGGAGGGUGGAAUUAAGGGUAUAGGAAAGACCUCUACAAGUUCUUUGAAAAGCCUUUCUGAGUCACCAGUAACAAUGAAAGCAAAAGAAGGGUGUCAAAGUGACUCACUUAGACAAGAACAAAGCCCUAAUGCAAGUAAUGGUAAAUCUGAAGAUGUGAUUCGGGGAUGUUCACAAAGCGAUUCCUCAGUUCUUGGAAUCGGUGAUCCUGAUCAUACAACAGACAGACUUUAUCCAAAAGAUCAAAUGUUAGAUGACAUCUCCAUUCAGAGUCCAGAGACAAACUGUCAGAAACAAAAUUCUGUUGGAAAUGACAUAGAUGAGAGUCUCUCUGAACCUACCAGUCAAGGCCAGGAACCUGGUAAGAUUCAAACAAGAGGAAGUGACUUUCUCAUUGGUGACUCCAAACUAGCCAGUGCAGAUGAAAUUGGUACUUUGAUCUAUAAGAACAAAAAACCACUCAUACAGGAGGAUAAUGACACCAUUGUUUCUCCUUCCCAGAGCCCUUCACUUCCAUCAGUACCUAAAAGUACUGAUGAUAGAGAUCUCCCAUCUCUGUCAAAAGCAGUGGACUUUGAAGGAAAACUAGGAUGUGUCUCUGAAUAUAACAGCACUUUGGAAAAUAGUUCUGAUACUAUGUCUAUUCAGGACAGCAGUGAAGAAGAUAUGAUUGUUCAGAAUAGCAAUGAAAGUCUUUCUGAGCAGUUCAUAACUCAAGAACAAGGUAUUGAAGGCUUGGAACCAUUGAAACGGGAGUUUGUUCCAGAUAAAUCCACUGGAAACUAUGAUAAAAGACCACAGGGUAAGGUAACUGAAGCAAAUGGUAGAAAGCCAAGUCAAGAACAGAAAUUAGAGGAGAGAUCAGUUAAUAAAUGUAUUGAUCAAGUCAGUCUAAAAAGUAGCACUGACAAAAAGAAUAAUGAAAAUCGAGAGUCUGAAAAGAAAGGACAGAAAGCAAGUACCUUUCAGAUAAAUGGAAAAGAUAAUAAACCCAAAUCAUAUUUAAAAGGGGAAUGCUUGAAGGAAAUCUCUGAGGGUAAAGUAGUAAGUGGUGACAUUGAACCAAAGCUUAAUAAUAUAAAUAAGAUAAUUCCUGAAAAUGAUAUUAAGUCUUUGACUGCUAAAGAAUCUGCUGUAAAGCCAUUCAUGAAUGGUGAUGUCAUCAUGGAAGAUUUUAAUGAAAAAAACAACCUGGAAAUAAAGUCAUCUUUACUGAGAUCUUCAGAUGCUGGAGGUGACUACCAAGACGGCGUAGAGACCGUGCCGUCAGCCAAAGAGCCUGAGAGUGCACACGCUGCCAUGCCUCCACUGUCUUGUCCAGAAAGCAGUCCAGCGAACCAGGUAGAAGAGAUGGAAAUUGAAACCUCCGAAGUCAAGAAAGUUACUCCCUCACCUGUUACUUCUGGAGAGGAAUCUAACCUCAGUAGUGAUUUUGUUGAUGAAAAUGGUCUGCCCGCCCACAAAGAUGAAAAUGUCAAUGGAGAGCCCAAGAGAAAAACAGUCAUCACGGAAGUCACCACCAUGACAUCCACGGUGGCCACAGAAUCAAAAACUGUAAUCAAAGUAGCAAAAGGUGAUAGGCAGACUGUGGUCUCGUCCACAGAAAAUUGUGCCAAAUCCACUGUCACGACCACCACUACAACGGUAACAAAGCUUUCCACACCCGCCACAGGCAGCAGUGUGGACAUCAUCUCUGUGAAGGAGCAGAGCAAAACUGUGGUCACCACAACAGUGACAGACUCACUGACCACUGCAGGGGGCACUCUGGUGACAUCUAUGACCGUGAGCAAAGAAUAUUCCACAAGAGACAAAGUGAAACUCAUGAAAUUUUCAAGGCCCAAGAAGACUCGUUCAGGUACAGCUCUGCCAUCCUAUAGAAAGUUUAUCACCAAGAGCAGCAAGAAGAGCAUAUUUGUUUUGCCUAAUGAUGACUUAAAAAAGUUGGCCAGAAAAGGAGGAAUCCGAGAAGUCCCUUAUUUUAAUUACAAUGCAAAACCUGCCUUGGAUAUAUGGCCAUAUCCUUCUCCUAGACCAACCUUUGGUAUCACUUGGAGGUAUAGACUUCAGACUGUAAAGUCCUUAGCUGGAGUGAGCCUUAUGUUACGGUUACUGUGGGCAAGCCUGAGGUGGGAUGACAUGGCGGCCAAGGCUCCUCCAGGAGGAGGGACUACGCGGACAGAAACAUCUGAAACUGAAAUCACAACAACAGAGAUAAUUAAAAGGCGAGAUGUUGGUCCUUAUGGCAUUCGAUCUGAAUAUUGUAUCCGGAAAAUCAUUUGCCCCAUUGGAGUUCCAGAAGCACCAAAAGAAACACCUACACCUCAGAGGAAAGGCCUUCGGUCAAGUGCAUUACGGCCAAAGAGACCAGAAACGCCCAAGCAAACUGGCCCUGUUAUUAUCGAAACUUGGGUAGCAGAGGAAGAGUUGGAAUUGUGGGAGAUCAGGGCGUUUGCUGAAAGAGUGGAGAAAGAAAAGGCACAAGCAGUUGAGCAACAGGCUAAGAAACGAUUGGAACAGCAGAAGCCUACAGUAAUUGCAGCUUCCACCACUUCCCCACCAAACAGUACAACUAGUACCAUUUCUCCAGCACAAAAAGUUAUGGUGGCCCCCAUAGGUGGCUCAGUUACAACUGGAACUAAAAUGGUUCUCACUACUAAAGUUGGAUCUCCAGCCACUGUAACAUUCCAGCAAAACAAGAACUUCCAUCAGACCUUUGCUACGUGGGUUAAGCAAGGCCAGUCAAAUUCAGCCACCAGCACAGCUGCCACAUCUGCUACAACCAUUGCCAGCACAGGUCAGACGUUCCAAAUUACAGGCAGUCCAGUCACUAUGGCAGGAAAAGUAAUUACCAAACUGCCACUUCCUGCAAACAGCAAGAUUGUCGCUGUAAAUGUGCCAGCAACACAAGGAGGCGUUGUUCAAGUACAGCAGAAAGUCCUGGGUAUCAUUCCAUCAAGUACAGGUACAAGCCAGCAGACCUUUACUUCAUUCCAACCCAGGACAGCAACAGUCACAAUCAGGCCCAAUACCUCAGGCUCUGGAGGAACCACAAGCACUUCACAAGUAAUCACAGGGCCUCAGAUCCGCCCUGGUAUGACGGUGAUUAGAACACCCCUCCAACAGUCAACACUAGGAAAGGCAAUUAUUCGAACACCUGUGAUGGUACAACCAGGUACUCCUCAACAAGUGGUGACUCAGAUCAUUAGAGGGCAGCCCGUCUCCACCGCAGUCUCUGCCCCGAGUGCGGUUUCCUCGACCCCUGGGCAGAAAGGAUUAACUUCGGGAGCAUCCAGCACAAAUCUGCAGUCUUCAACCUCACAGUCCCCUCGCCCCCAACAGGGACAGGUGAAGCUUACCAUGGCUCAGCUCACUCAGUUAACACAGGGCCACGGUGGCAAUCAAGGUUUGACAGUAGUAAUUCAAGGACAAGGUCAAACGACUGGACAGUUGCAGUUGAUACCUCAAGGGGUGACCAUACUUCCGGGUCCAGGCCAGCAGCUGAUGCAAGCUGCCAUGCCAAACGGGACUGUUCAGCGGUUCCUCUUUACGCCUUUGGCAACGACGGCCACGGCAGCCAGCACCACCACCAGCACUGUUUCCACUACAGCGGCAGGUACAAGUGAACAAAGACAGAGUAAAUUAUCACCCCCGACACAGGUGCAACAAGCCAAAACCUUGCCACCAGCUCAGUCAUCGAGUGUGAGUCCUCCAGAAGCCCAGCCACAGACUGCUCAGCCUUCAGCUCAGCCCCAGCCCCAAACCCAGCCCCCGUCCCCAGCUCAGCCUGAAGUUCAGACUCAGCCUGAAGUUCAGACCCAAACAACUGUCGCAUCCCAUGUCCCUUCUGAAGCACAACCCACCCAAGCACAGUCAUCCAAACCCCAAGUCGCAGUACAGUGUCAGCCUCAAAGUAAUGUCCAAGGACAGUCUCCUGCUCGCGUCCAAAGUCCACCACAGACUCGAAUACGUCCAUCGACUCCAUCCCAAGUGUCUCCUGGACAGCAAUCCCAGGGUCAGACUACAACCUCACAACCGAUUCCAAUUCAACCACAUACAUCUCUUCAGAUACCUUCCCAGGGCCAGCCACAAUCACAACCCCAGGUGGUGAUGAAGCAUAAUGCUGUAAUAGAACAUUUAAAGCAGAAAAAGACCAUGACUCCAGCUGAAAGAGAAGAGAAUCAAAGAAUGAUUGUCUGUAACCAGGUGAUGAAGUAUAUUUUGGAUAAGAUAGAUAAAGAAGAAAAACAGGCAGCAAAAAAACGGAAGCGUGAAGAGAGCGUGGAACAGAAACGUAGCAAGCAGAAUGCCACCAAGCUCUCCGCGCUGCUCUUCAAACACAAAGAACAACUCAAAGCUGAAAUACUAAAAAAGAGAGCGCUCCUGGACAAAGACCUACAGAUUGAAGUGCAGGAAGAGCUCAAGAGAGACUUGAAAAUUAAGAAAGAAAAAGACAUGGUGCAGGCCACCACAGUGGCGGCCACCUCGCCUCCAGCCCCGCCUGCGCCUCCAGCCCCGCCGCCGUCACCCCCGCCUCCGCCUCCCCCGCAGCACACAGGCCCCCUGGCCACGGCCACGGCCACGGCCACGGCCACGCUGCCUGCGGCUUCCCAGAAGAGGAAGCGAGAAGAAGAAAGAGACUCAAGCUCCAAGUCCAAGAAGAAGAAAAUGAUCUCUACUACCUCAAAGGAAACUAAGAAGGACACAAAGCUUUACUGUAUCUGUAAAACGCCUUACGAUGAAUCUAAGUUCUAUAUUGGCUGUGAUCUUUGUACUAACUGGUAUCAUGGAGAAUGUGUUGGCAUCACAGAAAAGGAGGCUAAGAAAAUGGAUGUGUACAUCUGUAAUGAUUGUAAACGGGCACAAGAGGGCAGCAGUGAGGAAUUGUACUGUAUCUGCAGAACACCUUAUGAUGAGUCACAAUUUUAUAUUGGCUGUGAUCGGUGUCAGAAUUGGUACCAUGGGCGCUGCGUUGGCAUCUUGCAAAGUGAGGCAGAGCUCAUUGACGAGUAUGUCUGUCCACAGUGCCAGUCGACAGAGGAUGCCAUGACAGUGCUCACGCCGCUAACGGAGAAAGAUUAUGAGGGCUUAAAAAGGGUGCUUCGUUCUUUACAGGCCCAUAAGAUGGCCUGGCCUUUCCUUGAACCAGUGGAUCCUAAUGAUGCACCAGAUUAUUACGGUGUUAUUAAGGAACCUAUGGAUCUUGCCACCAUGGAAGAAAGAGUACAAAGACGAUAUUAUGAAAAGCUGACAGAAUUUGUGGCAGAUAUGACCAAAAUUUUUGAUAACUGUCGUUACUACAAUCCGAGUGACUCGCCUUUUUACCAGUGUGCAGAAGUUCUUGAGUCCUUCUUUGUACAGAAAUUGAAAGGGUUCAAGGCUAGCAGGUCUCAUAACAACAAACUGCAGUCUACAGCUUCUUAAAGUUCAGCGUGUUAACCUAACAUAAAACACAGCAAGAAUCUGGUUGUCUGAACUAUUUUAAAUUAAGGAGCCAGAUGUUUUUAGUCAGGUUAUCCUGACAAGACUUGACCUAAACUUCGUUUUUAUUGGUCAUAACAGUCCAAUUAUAUUCUUGGCCAAUUUUGUCCAACGGACAAGGGAAAAGCAAAGUCAACGACACCAUUAUCUUGUCAAGAUCAAAUGGUUUUACUAUUGUGGCAGAAGCGGGAAAACUUUGUUUAUUGAAAAAAAAAGAAAAAAGAAAGCAAGAAAAAAAAGAUAAUAUGGGGUCAAGUGUAACUCCAUGGAAAUGCCACGUCUGCUCUUCAGUGAAGAAGCUGGUUUAGAGUCUCACAGAAAACUUUUGACUGUAUUUAUUUAUUGUUGCAAAAAAGACGCUUUUUUAUUGCUGCCCUCAUUUGUCAGCUAAUUAUUUUUUCUUAUAAAAUCCAGCCCCGGUUACAUGUAAUCCAUUCUGUAUCUUAUCAUGAUUCCUGUAGGUAAAAGUACAAGACGACCUCUAGAUGUCUUUUCUUUCUAUGAAAGGAGCUGCUAUGUACACAUGUGCACACACACAUACACACACAACUGGGAAUCAACAAUGAGUUUAUUGUUCAUGGUAGAUAAAAAUUAAGCUUGCAUAAAGGUUGGGCUAAGUAGUCCUGGACUACAGACUCUGUUGCCUUGAAUAUAACAGUACAGUUUGUCAUUUACUCUGCACCAGGCUAAACUGAGUAAAAUCUAUUUGAAGGUAUCUUGUUUGUAAACAUUUGUCAGAUUCUAAUUUUUUUCUUUUUGUAUUAAAAUUCAACUAUGGAUGUAUAUGAAACAAAAUAAAUGGAGAUCAUUUUUCUCCCACAGAUGGUGUCUUUGAAUGUGCGCUAAUGAUUAUCUGUAAGCCUUUGAGGGGAAAGGGAGGGCUGCAAGGUAAAUAACAGGCUGAAGAAUUUAAUUGUACCUGGGUUUCCCGAGGACAGUAGUGGCCCUUCAUUUUGUAAUGCCCAGCCCACUGUCAUCACAUCAAAGAAGAACCUUCAGGGCUGCUAAUCCUGUUGCAUCAGUUGAUCGUACUAAGGGGUAAUGUGGCAAAAUACACAUUGCCUUCAUCUGUACAUUAUAUAAUACCAGGCAAAUUAUCAGUUACAGACAGCUGCUUAUAUUUUAUGAAGGGCAUUUUUUAAGUUACUUCAUCCAUUUUGUAUUUUUUGUUGGUUGAGUUGUUUGGGGGUUUUUCCCACAUAAGAAAAAGUAGUGUAAGCAGUAGGGGCAAAAUGGAAACAGCAGAAGAAGGUGUAUUUUGCAUGUUUUUCCUUUCGGUGUUCUAACCUUACACGUUGUAUUACCUACCGCAUUGUAAUAAUAGCUUCUGUAAGAUCUGCCAUAGUUGGUUUAUGCAGCUUUGCAAAAAUUUUACUAGAUUUUGCACUAAUUCAUGUUAGCUUUGUCCUGCCAGUUUCUGGAAUUUGUCAAAUCAUGUUUUUAAAAAGUUUCCUUCUGUUUAAUAUCACCCUGCUAUGCAAAACCUUUCCUGGACCUUAGUUUCUUAAAAGAAAGAUGUUGCUCCAGUUCCCAGUUCCUCCUCAUCACAGACUCAGGUGUGCAGGUUAUUCUGGGUUAGUUUUAUCUCAUGAAGUCCAUUCCUUUCUGUACCUAAAAAUGUCACUUACAAACCUAUGCUUACAAACUUAAAGAGACUAAUUGCUCAAUAUGAAAACAUGGGAACAAAUUUUGCUUAAAAUACUAACAUGGAAAUAGUCAAAUACAGGUUAUUUUGUCCUUUUACUUUUAAAAAAAUGUUACCUAUUGUAUGCACUGUGCUGAUGCAAGAAUCCUACAUUUUAAUGAAUUAUAAAAUCAUUCUGCAUCUCGUCAUGUCACAGUAUUUCUGUACUAUUUAUUCAUAUAUAGAGAGAGAGAUAUAGAUAUAUAUGGGCUUAAUCAUUUAAAACUUGUUGCGGCAAGAACUUUCCUACCUGUAGGCAAUAGAUUGCUAUGUUUUUAACAGAUUGUGGCAAAUUCUAAACAGCAAUUCUUUUUGUACGUAAUAGGACAUUUCAUCCUAGAAAAAUAAAGUAAUGUUUUUGACAUUG